UUACAAUGAUAAUUGUUUAUUAGCUGAUUAGAGUUAACUGUAACACAAUUCGUAUAAAUAUAAGACAACACCGAGUGGUAAAUAAAACAGUCCACCACAAACUAUCCAACUCAUGGUAAACCUUAAGUUAUUUUCAUUGCCAACAGCUACUCGAAGCUUAAGCCAAUGUUUAACCCCGCUUUCACAAUUCAAUUACUACUUGAUUCUCGUUAAUUUAUUAUCGUAUUUAAUUUAUUCCAAUGGAAUCCCAAUUGACAAGUUUUCAAAAGUCCAGAUCGAUUCAGGUGUCGUCAAUCCAUUCUAUGCUGAUGCACCUGGAGAUAUUCCAUCUAUAACUGGUAUUCAUGCUGAGCAAGAAAAAGCAAAGAUCAGCAAUGAAGGUAUCAACAUUAUCUUUGCCGAUACAAAUACUCCGGUCCGUUUAUUUGGUACUAACCUUAGCAAUGAAACUAUUAUAGCGUUAACAUCUCAUCCAAUGCACAAUGAGCACCGGUCAUGUGAUGACUUUGCAAGAACUGAUUCUAUUAAAAUUUCUUACAUAUCUGAUAACAUGGGGUUCAUCAGUUUGAGCCUUCCGAAACAAAGCGGUCAGCUUUACAUGUGUGCAAAAAAUCACGAUGAAAGUCAUCAAUUUGGUUGGUAUCAUCAAGGUAACGAUCCAUGGAUAACAUUUGAGGUUGAAGGUCGAGUUUUACCCCUUUGGUUACAUAUUAUCGCCAUUAUCAUUCUUCUUUGUUUGACUGCUUUGUUUGCCGGUCUUAAUUUGGGUUUAAUGUCAUUGGAUAAAAACGAGUUGCAGGUUGUUGCCAUCAAGGGAUCAGAUUCGGAAAAGGCCCAUGCCAAAGCAAUCGCACCUCUUCGUCGUCGUGGUAAUUUCCUUCUCUGUACCAUUUUACUUUCAAAUGUUUGCAUCAACUCCACUGUCACUGUUUUAAUUGAGGAGUUGUCAUCAGGAACCGUUGCUGUUAUAGCUUCAACCUUGGCUAUCACCAUUUUUGGUGAUAUCAUUCCCCAAGCUAUCUGCUCUCGUCAUGGUUUGGCUAUUGGUGCCAAAACAAUUUGGAUUAUGUAUUUCUUCAUGUUGCUCACUUCACCCCUUUCUUACCCAAUCUCAAAAAUUUUGGACUGGGCAUUAGGUGAAGAAAUAGGUGCUGUCUAUGAUCGUGAAAAGCUGAUGGAGUUCAUCCGUGUUACCAAAGAUUACAAUAAAUUGGAGCCAUCAGAGGUUAACAUUAUUUCAGGUGCAUUGGAAUUGAAGAGGAAAACUGUUGCUGAAAUUAUGACUCGACUUGAAGAUGUAUUCAUGUUACCUAUAUCUGCAAAAUUAGACUUUGAAACUGUUUCCAAAAUUCAAAAGUCAGGUUACUCUCGUAUUCCUGUUUACCGUGAAGAUAGGAAAAAUGUUGUAGCUUUGUUUUAUGCUAAAGAUUUGGCUUUCGUUGACCCAGAUGACAAUAUGCCGUUAAAAACUGUCAUUGAAUAUUACAAGCAUCCUUUGAUUUACACUUUUGAUGAUACCACUUUGGAUGUGGCUCUUGGAGCUUUUAAAGAGGGAAAAUCUCAUUUAUCAUUUGUUCGUCACCUUUAUGAUUCGGAUACAACUGAUCCCUAUUAUGAGAUUAUCGGGGUUGUAACAUUGGAAGAUGUUAUUGAAGAAAUAUUACAAACCGAGAUUGUAGAUGAAACCGAUAUCAUAACAGAUAACCGAUUGAAACAGCGUCGUAAAGCUAAACCCGAAUCAGCCGAUUUGAAUGAAUUUGCUCGAAUUGGCGAAGGUCAAGAUGGUACAAUUGUUUCUCCUCAAAUGAUUCUUGCAGCCUUCCAGUAUUUAUCAUCAUCUUGCCCACCAUUUACUCCUGAGCAUCUAACUCCCUCUGUCUUACGUCGUCUUUUGGGUCAAAAAAUUUACUUCCAGCAUGUUGUUGACCCUGAUAGAGAUGAAAAAGAACCAAACUUCAAGCUUUAUACUAAAGAUAAAUCAGUUGACUAUUUCGUUAUGAUUUUGGAAGGCCGUGUUCAAGUUACUGCCGGUCAAGAAGGUCUUUCCUUUUUCUCUGGGCCAUUUUCAUGCUUUGGUGUUGAUGCAUUAAAAACAAGUGAUAUUCCACCUGACUCCGAAACUGGAUUAUCUUACAAACCUGAUUUUACCGUUGAACUUGUACAGACUACAACAUAUCUUCAGCUCCCUCGUAAAUUAUAUUUAUCGGCUGUGAAAGCAUCUCAAAUGGAAAAGGCCUCUGGAAUCAUUGGAACUGAUGUUGGUAAAGCUUUGGCUAAACAAAUUACAAAGGAUGCCGAGAUACCGACUGAAAUGAUUUUGAUGACCAACAAUGUGAAAAAGACUGAUUCAUUUUUUGAUGGAAGUUUAUCGAGACAAGAUACAAAGAAAAACAAGAAUGAAGCCAACAAAAAGGAAGGAGAUAGCUGAUAGCAGCUUAAUUAACUUAUUUAAAUUUCUAUAACAAACAAUCAUCUGUUCAUAGUUUUACUUUUCUUAUUAGUUGCAUCGACAUCAUUAGCAAACUAACCAUCACAUGAUUAUAGCAUUAUAUAACAUGAUAUAACCAAAAAAAAGGAUUAAUCUUUUAAUAUUGAGACAACUGUAAUAGAUAGUUCAAGAUAAUGUUAACCAAUAAAUGACUUAUUACAAAAACAAA